UGGUUGACUGUGAGGUAUUCCCCGAUCGGGUUUCCUCUGUCGGUGUCAGACGAUAUUUUCGACUUGUGAGGGUUUGACGCCUUUUCUCUUUUCCAAGAGAUAAUUUGACGAAAACAGUCAUCAUGUCGGCGAAAUACUGGCUCUUCGGAGCUCUGUGCUUGUUUCUGGCUACAGCUACUGUGUAUGCUGAUGACGAGGCUGAUGCCACAGUUGAAGAUGACAUCGGUGACCAUGCGGAGGGGUCCAGGACUGACGACGAAGCUGUCAAGAGGGAGGAAGAGGCCAUCAAGUUGGACGGAUUAAAUGUGGCACAAAUAAAAGAAAUGAGAGAUCGAGCGGAAAAACAUGAGUUUCAGGCUGAAGUCAGUCGUAUGAUGAAACUCAUCAUCAACUCUCUGUACAAGAACAAGGAGAUCUUCCUUCGUGAGUUGAUCUCCAACUCUUCUGAUGCUCUGGACAAGAUUCGCUUCCUCUCGCUUACAGACAAGGACGUACUGUCUGGGAAUGAAGAACUUACCAUCAAAAUCAAGGCGGACAAAGAGGGCGGCGUCUUGCACGUUACGGACACCGGAAUUGGUAUGACGAAGGCCGACCUGGUGAACAACCUGGGUACUAUCGCCAGGUCCGGCACCAGCGAGUUCCUGAACAAACUGGCAGAGGGCACGGCUGAGGAACAGAGCGCUCUCAUCGGCCAGUUUGGUGUCGGCUUCUACUCUUCAUUCCUGGUGUCUGACCGUGUGGUGGUGACCAGCAAGCACAACGAGGACAAGCAGCACAUCUGGGAGUCUGAUGCUGGUUCUUUCAGUGUGGUGGAGGAUCCUCGCGGUGACACCCUGGGCAGAGGCACCACUGUCAGCCUGCACUUGAAGGAAGAAGCUCAGGACUUCCUGGAGCCUCACACCAUCAAGGAGUUGGUGCGCAAGUACUCACAGUUCAUCAACUUCCCCAUCUACCUGUGGACUAGCAAGACAGAGACAGUGGAGGAGCCUAUUGAUGAGGAAGAGGCUGAAGAAGAGGCAGAUGAGGAGAAGAAGGAAGAGGAGGAUGAGGAUGCCAAGGUUGAAGAGGAAGAUGAAGAAGAAGAGAAGAAGCCCAAGACCAAGUCCGUGGAGAAGACCACCUGGGACUGGGAGCUGAUGAAUGAAAACAAGCCCCUCUGGACCAGGCCACCAAAGGAGGUUACGGAGGAGGAAUACGAGGAGUUCUACAAGUCCUUCUCCAAGGACAGCGACGCCCCGCUGGCCCACACCCACUUCGUGGCCGAGGGAGAGGUCACCUUCAGGUCCAUCCUGUUUGUACCCAAGACUGGUCCUCGCGACAUGUUCCAGGAGUAUGGUAAGAAGGUUGACUACAUCAAGCUGUUUGUGCGACGUGUCUUCAUCACCGACGACUUCCAAGACAUGAUGCCCAAGUACCUGUCCUUCGUCAAGGGCAUGGUGGACUCUGACGAUCUGCCGCUCAACGUUUCCCGUGAGACGCUACAACAGCACAAGCUUCUUAAAGUCAUCAAGAAGAAGCUCGUCAGAAAGACUCUGGACAUGAUCAAGAAAAUGGACAGUGAUGAAUAUCUGGAAAAGUUCUGGAAAGAGUACAGCACCAGCAUUAAGCUGGGUGUUAUCGAGGACCACUCCAACAGGACCAGGCUGGCCAAGCUGCUGCGUUUCCAGUCCUCCAACUCUGAGAGUGACGUCACGUCUCUGGCCGAGUAUGUGGAGAGGAUGAAGGAAAAACAGGAGGCCAUCUUCUUCAUGGCAGGCACAAGCAGGAAGGAGGCUGAGAGCUCUCCGUUUGUGGAGCGUCUGCUGAAGAAGGGUUACGAGGUUCUGUACCUGGUGGAGCCUGUGGACGAGUACUGCAUCCAGUCCCUCCCCGAGUUCGACGGCAAGAAGUUCCAGAACGUCGCCAAGGAUGGGCUCAAGAUCGACGAGUCAGAAAAGGUGAAGGAGAAGCGAGAGGAGAUGGAGAAGGAGUAUGAGACACUGCUCACCUGGCUGAAGGACUCCGCCCUCAAGGACCAGAUUGAGAAGGCCAGGCUGUCCGAGAGGCUGACCGAGUCCCCCUGCGCCCUGGUGGCUAGCUCUUACGGCUGGUCAGGAAACAUGGAGAGAAUUAUGAAGGCCCAGGCUUACGCAAGGUCGAAGGACAGCAGUCAAGAUUUCUAUGGUUCACAGAAGAAAACUCUUGAGCUCAACCCCCACCAUCCACUUGUCCAAGAGCUGAAAAAUAGAGUUGAUACUGACCAAGAGGACCAGACAACAAAAGAGCUGGCUCAGAUCCUUUACGACACGGCCGUGCUGCGUUCAGGCUUCAUGCUGCAGGACUCCUCCAACUUUGCCAACAGAAUCGAGCGCAUGCUGAGACUCAGUAUGAACGUCGACCUCAAUGCAAAGGCUGAGGGCUGGGAGGAAGAUGAAGAGGAGGAGGAGGGUGAUGAGGAGGAAGGGGAGGAUGUGGAUGCUGAGGAGGCAGAGGAGGAGGAGGAGGAGGAGGGAGAUGCUGAAGAAGCUACAGCAGAAGAGACAGAGGAAGAUGUUGUCGAGGGAGAAGAGGCUGCUACAGAAGAAGUAAAGGAUGAGCUCUGAUACCACUGACACACUCAUCCUCACGUGUACAUUUUUCAACAAUGUAAAAAUUCUGAGAGACUGCUAUCAGACCAGGCUUUGUAUUUUUGUCCGGCAUUUCAUGAGGGAUCGAAUUUGACCAUAUUUUUUCAUACCUGCCUGGUAGAGCUGGGAGUAUAUACUAGUGUCGUGCUGAACUGGGUACAUGUAUGUGCAAAUGCAGCUAAAAAGAAUCAUUAAUUACUAUCUUGGUGAAUAUACCAUCAUCUUUUAGAGAGAAAAUAAUAGUAGAAAGCAGGGAGCGGUAUCCUUUGUGUACAUGGUUUUAUGUGUUACAGCCUUGUGGAAGAAAACUGAAUAUGUCACUCUUUGGGAUCUUGUUGCAUAAGUCAUGUAACAAAGAUGACUUAAGGUUUUCAUUUGACAUUUCAUGCCCUCCUUACUGAUGUUGUAAUUUGUGUCAGAUCUACGUAAACUACUAGACAAGGAUUAAAGAAUGCACAAGUAAGUUAAAUGUCACAGUAUAAUGAUAUGAAAAGAAGGUAUUUUCAAUUGAUGAAUACAAAUUUAUGUCUUGACACUUGGGAUAAACUUGACUGGAUUUGAAUGUUUUCCAAACCACCUUAUCGUUUUUGCAAAGCUGUUAACUUGGUGUUUCUGUUUAAGAUUUCUUUGUUUUUACUUGUUACUUUGCUCUCCAAGACUGUCAAAGAAGAAUAUUAUAUAGAUCAGGAUGAACCUGAAUAAUAGAAAGGGGGGAUGCAGUCAGUGGGUAUAAUAAAGACUGCUAGAAGAAGAAAAAAGCAUUCCAUAGUUAUGAUUUGCCACCAACCUGAUAUUGUACAUUUCUGAAGUACUUGGGAAAUAAAUUGUGUACUUCACAUGUACAAGCGAA